GAGAGAAGUGAAGUCAGUCACCUGGUGGUGAAGGACAGUAAAACAGGAAAGAAGGUGGAAAAAAAUCUCUUUUCCCCCUUUCUCUCUCUUUUCUGCAAAGAGAUCCACCUCCUAUUUUCCUCUAAACUCUUUUAGCAUAACCUUCAAAGGAGACCAUUCCCUACAGACUUUAUUAUCUUUAUUUUUUAUUGAGAAAAUACCUUUAGCAGCAAAACAUUUUUGAGUCUAUGCAGGACUUUGGGGGGGGGGGGUAUCUUUCCGGUGAAAUUGAUCAUUGCUAAUGUCUUGGGCUCAUAGGUGCUAAAUUAGCUACCAGAAUAACGGAGACAGGCUUUCAUGAUACACUCUUCUCUUCAAUUUGAACACAUUUGCCUGAAAUUUGCUGCAGGAUGCUGUCCAGUGAAGCAGUUUUUUUCCUUGGGAUGCAGCAAUUCGCUGGUUUCUAAGCUUAUUGCAGAAGAAGAAGUAAUCUUAAACUGAGUGGAUUUUUUUUGGGGUGGGGGGAGGCUUCUCUCCUCCUUUCAUUGACACGGGAUUUACCGAGGAAAGAUCACCUGUCGCUAUAAUCCGUAAAGGAGUAAAAAAGUGAAUUGUUAUUUUAUUUAUUUAUUUUUAACCGGUGGAGGAGGCGUGAUCACGGAGAAUGAGACUGAGGGGAGCUGCCAGGGUUUGGAGGACAAGGCUGAGUUUAGGCUGGAAACUGAGAGUCUAGAUUUUUGUUUUGUUUUGUUUUUAAUUUUGGCACAACUUCCUUGGUUCGCCUCCCUCCGUGUCCGUUAGUUUCAUUCUAUGGACAGAUCCACAAACCUGGACAUUGAGGAGCUCAAGAUGACACGAGAACAGUAUAUACUGGCAACACAGCAGAAUAGCCUGCCAAGGAUUGAAAAUCCGCAACUUUAUCCAGUGGGAAUUUAUGGAUGGCGAAAGAGGUGCUUAUACUUCUUUGUCCUUCUGCUGUUGGUUACCAUGAUUGUUAACUUAGCAAUGACAAUAUGGAUUUUGAAGGUUAUGAAUUUCACAGUGGAUGGAAUGGGGAAUCUGAGAGUCACCAAAAAAGGAAUUCGACUUGAAGGCAUAUCUGAAUUUCUACUUCCAUUGUACGUGAAAGAAAUACAUUCCCGAAAGGAUAGCCCACUGGUCUUACAGUCUGACAGGAACGUAACAGUGAAUGCAAGAAAUCACAUGGGACAGUUAACUGGACAACUGACUGUAGGAGCUGAUGCUGUGGAGGCCCAGUGUAAGAGAUUUGAAGUGAGGGCAAGUGAAGGUGAAAAGGUGCUGUUUUCUGCAGAUGAAGAUGAGAUCAUCAUUGGAGCUGACAGACUCAAAGUAACAGGCACAGAAGGGGCAGUGUUUGGGCACUCUGUGGAGACACCCCAUAUCAGAGCAGAACCUUCCCAAGACCUCAAACUUGAGUCUCCAACUAGAUCUUUGAUAAUGGAAGCUCCCAGGGGAGUACAAGUUAGUGCAGCUGCAGGAGAUUUAAAGGCAACGUGUAGGAAAGAACUGCACUUGCAGUCCACGGAAGGGGAGAUAUUUUUAAAUGCAGAUAUAAUCCGACUGGGAAAUCUACCAAUGGGUUCCUUUUCAUCUUCCCCAUCUAGUUCCUCAACUCCUCGACAGACUAUCUAUGAGCUCUGCGUUUGUCCCAAUGGUAAACUGUACCUUUCCCCGGCAGGAGCAGGCUCUACUUGUCAAUCCACUAGCAACAUCUGUUUGUGGAGCUGAAAUGACUCCGGUUUCUCCUCACACCAGAAUAGCCUUUUGUUACUGUCCCUCUGCUUCACAGUUCUGCUCGGUUUCCCUUAUGACAAGUUUGAAGCUUCAAAUGGCCUGCAGAGCAACUUCUUCCAGUGUAAGCAGGAAUACAACGCUGCCUUCUCUUGUGGCUCAUGUUACCACUCAACGUAGAGAUGGGAGUGAGAUAUUCAAAAAUAAAUGUAAUCUUCAUCAGGAAACCUGGAUCAUAAUAUCAUCUUUUGUCCAAAAGGGAGAAUAACACAGGUGCCUUUGCUACGUGAAGUGAAGCACAUAGUUUUAGUUUUAUGCAGGACCUGGAUAUGAACUGCACACAUAUAUACAGUACUUAUACAAAUUUGCCCAGAAUCCAAUCGUGAGAUGAAUAGGUAACCCCUGUAUGAUAAUUAACUUUACUGUCUGAAAGCACAAUUUUCCAUUCAUCUUUUUGGAUGUACACUUUUAUCCCUGAAUUUUAAAAUUUUGAAGCAUUGUGUGAUGCUUGCUUUACUAAACAAUUAAAAUUCAGUACAUGGUUUUUAACAAAAAAAAAAAAAAGAACAGAAUCCCUCUGAGUUUUGUUUCUUUAAAACAAAUGUGUUGUUACUCUGUCUCCUAAGUCUAGGGUUUUGUAUGUUUAGGUAAAUUUUGCAAGCACUCAGCAAUAUUAAAUUUCCAGAGUUCAAAACACAUCAACUCUUGUUUUGUCAGAUCUGAAUAGCCUUACACAGUUAUUAGUGGGUUAUUGCACAUGAAGUGAUUGCUUUAAGUAAAACAUUCAGUUCUGGAAAAGAACAGGAUAAAGAGGGAAAUACUGAUGAUAUGAAGCUGUCUGAUCAAAUAGGUAUUUUUCAGAAGACCUUUAUGAUUGGCAAAAAAAGACACACUCUUCAAAGGUAUAUCUUGUCCAUUUUAUAGCAUUUAUAGCUUGUCUAUCCGCUGCCAUUUGAACAUAAUACAAACACAUAAUACUAAUGUAAUGCAUAACACCAAGAAGCAAUUCAUUUACAACUGGAAUGGCACCCUCAGAUUUAUUAUCCUUUUUUCUUUUGUCAUCUGCUAUUAAGGUUUUUAAAGUGAUAGCAUUAAAAAUCCAUGAGCAAAUAUGAAAUGACAUAGAAUAUUAACAAGUACAUUGACAUUGUGUUGACUCCACCAGGUCUGUGUUUAGAUAAAGCUAUCAUAGUUCCCCUCAGCUUUCCAUAGUAACUCUCUUUUUGACUAGCUUGACCUGGGAACUUAGUUCUCUUCCAUUUUUCAUUACCUUUUUUUUUUUAGUAAUUGAGCUCCUGCAAAAGACACUUUGGUAUGUUGUUGAUAAAUUUGUCUCACUGCUGCUUAACAAGAGUAUCUUGAAACUUGCAGAAUCCAGGAAUGUAAAACAGAUAAAAAAUGUUUCCUAUUGUGGGAAGAUGACUUGAUAACAAUAAGGUAAGUGUGCUUUUAAAUAUUAUCUUUUCAGUUAUCCCACCCAGCUCAUAGUUUUAGCUGUGUCUAACUAUAAGAACACCAAUGCAAUGACUAGCUCUCAAAUUAACUCUGAAGUCAGGGAAAGUAGUAUUAGAGGGGUAGAAAAUAAAAAGUGAAACUUGGCAACCAUAAAAAUGUGAUUAAUUUUCUAUUUUAGUGUCAUCUAUAGGAUUUAUUUUGUUCACUACAGGUGACAUUCACCCUUAUGCAGAAGACCAGCACAAGGUCUGUACACUGCUUCACAGGUACUUGGCCUUGUUCUAGUCUUAUGUGUAGGGAUGAAUUGCACUGAAAAGGAAGAACUAUCCCCUCUGCUACUACAUAGUCAAACAAGGAUUUUAAUUAGACUACUUCAUUUGCUCAGAUUCUUCAGCUGUUAACUAUUGAGUUAAAGUAUUUGUUUUGAGACUUUAAUUCCUUGUCUUUAAUAAAGAAAAAUAUUUCUGUUAUUAGUCAUUUGUUUUCCUUUUUCUAUAAGCUCAUUCUCUGCAAUACAAGAAAUAAAGAAUUGUAGCAUUGCAAGAAAACUGUAGGAACUGUCAAUGUAUACUUGACCUUCAAACAACCUUAUGAGGAAAGAGAUAUCUUUCAUUUGGGCACAUAGCUAACAGAAUGUAUGUGUAAAACUCAUCAGGACAAAUGAUAUUCCAGGGAGAGGAGGACACCACUGAAUGAGUGUGUGUGUCUGAGCUCAUACAUUCCAUCACCUGUGCCCAAGUGUGUAUGCUGGUAAUUUAAAAGAUGGGCAAAAAUUGCAGAGAAUCAUUGAUUCAGUGAAUUUAACCUUUUGUGCUGUUCUCAAAGUGUUUGUGAACAGACUGAAUAUUUCUUUGCUGUUUAAAGUGCAUUGCAGAAUGUUUGUGCAAACAAUGUCAGCCUGUGGGAACCGCUUGCAAUAGUUUGCUGAGUAUUCCCUUGAGUAUUCUCCAUUCAUGAUAUUUGAACUGUAUGACUGGUCACCUGAAUCAUAUGGUAGAGUUUUGGUUCCCUGGCUGAAUGACCUAACUUGUAUAAACUACUUCUACUUCUGCGUGAACUGAAAUUCAUUACAUUGCAAAAACAAAUUGAAUUAUGUGAUGAGAUUAAUUUUGGCUACAAGACUGAAUUCAUUUUCCACUAGCAUUUGUAUGUUCAGUGUUGCCAACUCUUGCCAAUGUUAAUGUGAGUCUUGUGAAAUUAGACAUUUUACUUUAAACCCCAGCUCAUGGAAACAAGUGAAUAUGUAAGAAUCUCAGCAUUCAUUUAAAAAAAAAGUAAGUUUCUAGCUCUCAAGGUUAUGGAGAAAAGCUUAAAAAUGUGACCCAUUUUUUUUUUAAAGGCAGAAGGAAAAUAACAAGAAUGGCGUAAAUUUUUUUUCCUAUCUCAUGAUUUUUGUGGCCUGACUCAUGAAUUUUGAAUGUUUGAGUUGGCAGUACUGAAAACCUUAUUUACAAGUUCCUAAAAUGCUUUAAAUUAAUGUUUCUCCCUGUUUCCCAGUUCAACUGGUGAUAAUGCUAAAAAAAAUGCAAAGUUGCACAUACCCAUGUAUUUAGUUUUCGAUGAAGGGCAAGUGGAUGCUCUCAGCAAAUAGAUCACACAGAAACAGGGAGUGAUAUCACUACAUUUCAACUAUUGAUUUUAUGAAGUUGAGGUGUAAAUUAAAGGAGUCCACAUGUUCAAAACCGAAGGAUGUUUUUUAUUGCUGUCCUUGCCACCUGUCACCUUGCUGCCUUGCCUAGUCUCUUGGUGUCUUAAAUGUUUUUAUGGCCAUUUAUACUAGCUACCAUUUUGCUCAUGAUAAAGCAACUGCAACCCUUUACCCAAUUAGUUUGCUUGACUGGCUGAAUGUUCCGAUACCCCUCUUUAGAAAAGGUAUGAGCCUUCUUGUCAUGGCUAAGGCAACACCUUCCCAAUUUCCAGGUCAUUGCAUUGUGACAGAUGUAAGGCAGGGGUGAGAGUCCCAAAAGCAUUUUUAAACCUUUUUUCUUUUAAAUUAGUAAAUGUCCAAUUUGGAAAAUAAUACCUGGGGCUAAAAAAAAAUCCUCCAAGGUGCUUUAUAAUAUAUGAAUACAUGUAUCACAUACUGCCUCUUUUUAUUAGCCUGUUAGCUUGGGCACUACUGAAGUGGUUUUAUAGUUGGCUGACCCCCUCAGAAUUGCUCAUAUGGCCACAAUGAAAUAUAAAAAAGACCUUGUUAGCUACAUGUAUUAAUAUAUAUUAUAGUAUAAUAUGUUGUAAAAAUGUCCCUGUUAUAAUAGAAAAGGAUACUGUCUCUUUCUUGUUUAAAAAAAAAUAAAAAAAUUAGAAUGACCUCUUUGAGCACUGUUACCUGUAUGGUUUUGUACUGCAGUUCAUUCACUGGUUAAAUGUUAAAGACCAAAGACUGACACUUCUAAUAGUAUGACAGGAUGCUUCCACUUAUUCUGUUGGAAGGAAGAGAGGAGAAGUUGUAAUUACAACAUGAAAUGGUAAUGUACUUUUGCUCUGUGCAGCAUUUUGAGCUGUAGAUUUUUUUUUUCCAGAGGGAUAGUGUGUCAGUGUUGUCCAAUUACAUUGUUUUUUAGACAUAACCAUAUCUUUCACUGAUUAUGAGAUCAUGAAAAGAGGAAAGAAUGUGUAUUCCAAAAUGUGCCAAAAAGUUGCUUACUUCAACUGAAUUUAUAAUUUACAUUGUUUUGCUUGCACAGUGGUUUAACUGGAUAACACAAUUCACUUUAGACCAAUUUAGAAACAGAGGGCUAUUUAGUAUGGAUUGAAGAAAGAGCCAUAGGGACUGAAAGAAGUUGAUGAUGGAUGUUAAGGAUAUUCAGCUGUAAUAACUUGUGAUAUUUUUAGGGUUUCUAAAUCAUUGCCUACAUGUUAACAAAAUAAAAGCCAAACUUAGAAUAUUGGAGUUAUCAGCUGAUUCACUGUAAUGCAGAUGCAAACUGGGUAAGAAUUUGAGUGUUGUAUUGUUUAAAACCAUACUUCAAAAAAGGUCUGCUAACCAUUUUUUGUUUUGUUUUGUAACUAUCAUGUUAAUGUUUUUUCUUGUGUGUAUAGAUAUAUAAAAAGAUGAAAAUAUUUUCUUAAACAUACUAUGCAAUGUUUGUAAAAUUGCAAUAUUACCAAAAUUACAAAAGCUGUGCUUUUGUACUCUCUUGCUGUAUGUAAAACAAAUCUUUUUCUAUUUAAAUGGAUUGUUUGUCCUAUAAAUUGUAGAUAACAUAUUUAGUCAAAAGCAGUAUACUGUAUAUUCAAGAUUUUUUUGUUUGGUUUGUUUUUUUAGUGAUAUAUAACAGCAAGGUUUUGGAAGUUGGAAAUUACUUUUGUUGAAAAGGUGGAAGUUCUGCAGCAUGUAAUUAACACAUAGAAUUUACAAUAUGUACUGUACUUUGUAUUUGGUCUUAGUAUUUUCAUCUGGUGCUACUGUAUAACCACAAUGUGAUAGAUUAAAUAGGAAAACAAUGAACAGAAUUCAUUCAGGAUGAUCAGAUGUCACCGGGAGACUAGAAAUGUUAGUACUGAAGAGAAACCAGUUUUUUGUGAGUAGCACAUUUCCUAUCUAUUUUGUCUAAAUUUGCAAUUUGGUAAUAAUUUUUCUUGGUUCAAUCUAAUUUUCUUAACUACAUACAAAACAGAGACUGCUAGAGAUUGUUUUGAAUUUUUUUUUAAACCACCACCAACACAUUUAGAUUGACUACUUUGCAGACAUUCCAACCUGCAAAAUGCAUGGAUUUUAUUUUCAUGCCAAGCUCGGAGAAGUUAAAACUAAGAGCAUGAUUCUAAUUUAUACAAAGGCCACUUUGCACCACUCUUUUGAAGAAAAGGAUCCUUAAAGUCAACAUAAAUUAUAUUUGUACCUACUUAGACCCCCUUAACCUUAGAGCUGGUUGGAAAUGUUUUAGGUGAAAUGUUUUUUAAUUUAAAAGUCCUGUGGUGUUGAAAGCACGACUAUUUGUGAAAAUGGGUCAGUUUCAACGAAUCUCCCAGCUAAAAAUAUUCUUGAAAAAAGUAUUUUUAAGAUGUUUCAUUUAAAUGCUUUUGAAACAA